CCGGGUCUGAACAGCCCAAGCGCCGGGUCUCGGGCCCGCAUCUCCACACCAUGCCGUUCCCCCUUGUGCUGGCCGCGCUCUGCGGCGCGCUCCUCUGCGCCUCGGGACUCUUCGCCUUCUCCGGUGACUUCUGUGACUCCAGCCAGUGCCUGCAUGGUGGGACCUGCUUGUUGGACCAGGACAAACAACCCCCCUUCCACUGCCUCUGCCCUGAAGGCUUCACGGGCCUCAUAUGCAAUGAGACUGAGAGAGGUCCCUGUUUCCCAAAUCCCUGCCACAAUGAUGCCGAAUGCCAGGUGAUUGACGACUUCCACCGAGGGGAUGUCUUCACCCAGUACAUCUGCAAGUGCCCUCAUGGCUACACAGGCAUCCAUUGUGAGAUCGUCUGCACCUCGCCGCUGGGCAUGGAGACGGGCGCUAUCGCCGACUCCCAGAUCUCCGCCUCGUCCAUGCACUUGGGUUUCAUGGGUUUGCAGCGCUGGGCCCCGUAUCUGGCCCGCCUGCACCUCACGGGCAUUGUCAACGCAUGGACAUCCAGCAACUACGACAGAAGCCCCUGGAUCCAGGUGAACCUGAUGCGGAAGAUGCGGGUGACAGGUGUGGUGACGCAGGGUGCUAGCCGCGCAGGCAGUGCCGAGUACCUGAAGACUUUCAAGGUGGCCUACAGCACCAAUGGGCGCAAGUUCCAGUUCAUCCAGGGUGCAGGGGAGUCAGGAGAUAAGAUAUUUAGGGGUAAUGUGGACAACAGCGGCCUGAAGGUCAACCUGUUUGAAACCCCUCUGGAGGUGCAGUAUGUGAGACUGGUGCCCAUAAUCUGCCACCGGGGCUGCACCCUUCGCUUUGAGCUCCUUGGCUGUGAGUUGAAUGGAUGCGCCGAACCCCUAGGCCUGAAGGACAACACCAUCCCCAGCAAGCAGAUCACAGCCUCCAGCUUCUACAAAACCUGGGGCCUCAGUGCCUUUAGCUGGUAUCCCUCCUAUGCGCGACUGGAUAAUCAGGGCAAGUUCAACGCCUGGACCGCCCAGACCAACAGUGCCUCUGAGUGGCUUCAGAUUGACCUGGGCUCUCAGAAGCGAGUAACUGGCAUCAUCACCCAGGGGGCCCGAGACUUUGGCCACAUCCAAUAUGUGGCAGCCUACAAGGUGGCCUAUGGUGACGAUGGUGUGAACUGGACUGAGUACAGGGACCAGGGGGCCGUGGAAAGCAAGGUCUUCCCUGGCAACAUGGACAAUAAUUCACACAAGAAGAACAUGUUUGAGGCACCUUUCCUGGCUCGCUUUGUGCGCAUCCUGCCUGUGGCCUGGCACAACCGCAUCACCCUUCGCGUGGAGCUGCUGGGCUGUUAGUGGUAGGCCCGGCUGCAGUGACCACAAGGGCCGCGGGGGCACCUGGCCCUUUCCUGGUUCUCCUGGCCUUCUGGGGACCUGCUGCCUUUUCCACCCGUCCUCCUGAUUGUUGCUGACCUGGGGGCGGGGGUUUCAGUCGUCUCUCCCUCCCUCCCUCCCUCCCCCUCCCACGUGCCCAUGGUGCCUACCCCUCAUGCCAUCCCAUUUUCUUAGGCACGGUGGGAGUUGAGUAGGUCUGGGAUGGACAGGGAAGGGCGAAGUAGGGCGCGUGGAU